AUGGCUAGGCGUACCGGGAAACCCAGCGAUGAGUUAUUCAUGCAACGUCCCGGCGACGGUUGUGAUAGUCCUACGGUCGCCAUAGAACCUUUGAGGAUUGUGAAGCCGACAAGCCCUCCCCGAAAUCGAGCGGCAUCCAGUUCGUCGAGUCGAUUUGCAUCCCCACCCCCUGCGAACAAGCAUAAAUUUCCUUUACCACCAGGUGCCUCGAGCUCCGCAAGCCCUCUACCAUAUCCUGAUGAUGACGAUGACGACGACCUCUUUCAGAAAAAACCAAAUCCCCCUUAUCCUGAUGAUAGAAGAAAAGCCCCACAGAGGAUUGAACUGAGCGAUCAAGAAAAUAGAACAUCUGGAGGAAGUGGUAGGCCAACCGCAUAUGAUACUGCACCACGAUUUACAAGCCCUACAGAGAGAACUGGCCCAGGUCUAUCUGAAAGAAGGGGGAAUGCACCGCAGCCUUUGCCCGCUUCCCCGGAGAUAGGUUCCUCAGAUAGAGAUGAAAUGUUUGGCAGACUACCGCCAAAGGAACAAAUCCCUCAAGCUGGCGCAAGUGCAGUGUAUCAAGGGUUGAAUGAGAUUACCCCAUCGACAUCUCCACCUGCUGUUACUCGACCGCAAAGACAAGGUUCGGCACCACCGGUCAACUCUUUAGAACAAGACUUUCAGCGGAUGCAAAUGUCGGCUGAAGAGCCUCCGCCAGCGUAUUCUAGUGUGACUCCUGGUGCCAACUCCCGAGCAUAUCCGGCCGAGAAACAACAGCGGUCGAAUCCUCCCGCUGCUAUAGACACUACUCCGAAACCAAAUAUUGCACCACCUUUAGCGACACCUGCAAAUAAUCCUGACCACCCUGCAUUUGCAAAUGAGCCAAGACAGGAACCGAUCCAACAGCAGCCCACGCAACCAGGCCCCUCGGCUCAGCCUGCCAAUGUUUCUCCGUUUCAAGGUGUUGGUCCAACAUCUCCACCACCACUUCCAGAGGGUUGGAUUGCUCAUCUUGAUCAGAACUCUGGUCAGUAUUAUUAUAUCCAUCUCCCUACCCAAGCUACUCAAUGGGAGUUCCCCAAGGGCCCUACUCCACUGAAUGAUGUUCCGCUUUCGCCAGUCCUGUCAACCUAUGGUGGGUAUGGCAACCCCAUGGCAUCCCCAGGCUUAAGUAUGUUCAGUAAACAAUCCCUUGCCUCUCCUGGCUUUCAAGGGAUGGCCUCACCUGGAUUUCCUCCACACACCCCUGGCUAUGCGGAAAGUAUUAUGAGUAUGGCGUCAGGCACGCCAACUACUGCUGGAUUUUCCGGACCACCCCCUAGUGCAGGAGUCGACAUGUAUAAAGUUGUACCCACGAAUGGAGUAUAUUUUGGUCCUUAUCUAAGAUACGUAAAUAUGGAUAUGGAGAACGGUAUAUGGCUGGGUACAAUAAUGCUUGUAACGGAUGCUCCACAACCUCCAACUAUUCAUAUCCAUCAAAGUGUUGAUUUGUCGCCGAAUCCUAGACAGCUCAGACCGAACCCGAUUUAUACACAUCGAAGAUGGGUCUUCUACCGUUAUGAUAUAGAUUUGAAGAUGGGAGAAGGUCUAGGUGAUAAAUGGACUUAUGCUAUAACCUCGCAUUUGGGUUGCACGCGAUAUGAGUUUCUGGUAGCUGGACGUUUCGAGACGAAUUGGAGAUUCAUUGCACAUUCUGGUAAUGACUUUGCUAUGAAUACUACAGUUAAUGAGCGUUCAAAACUUGGCGGCAUCGGGUUUAUGUGGAAAGAUAUUUUGCAGAAAAAUGUAGAGUGUGGUGGUUUCCAUGUGCAAUUGGGAUUAGGAGAUCAAAUUUAUGGUGAUAGGCUAUGGAAGGACAUUCCUCUGCUGAAGCAAUGGCUUGCGAUGAGUGGCAAGGAGAACAGAAGAACUGCAGCAUGGACAGCAAGGCACGAGGAGGAAGUCUCACAUGCUUACUUCCAUUAUUACACCAGUCAUUUUGAUCAGCCAUACUUGAGGGAGGCAUUUGCUCAAAUUCCUCACAUACUACAGAUUGAUGAUCAUGAUAUUUUUGAUGGUUACGGCUCUUAUCCAGAAUAUAUGCAAAAUUCCAAUAUGUUCAGAAACAUCGGUCGUGUUGGUAUUGAGAUGUAUCUCCUAUUCCAACACCACACUACAGUCGAUAUUCUUCGGAACGUCAGCACAGACAUUGAUUUAUUUACAAUCACUGGAACUGGCUGGCACUUUGUUAAAUAUCUAGGACCUUCAGUCGUUGUGGUAGGUCCAGAUUGUCGAUCAGAGCGUACUCAACGCCAGGUUCUCGCCGGUCCUACUUAUCAAGGCAUCCUUCCUAAAGUAGCCACUCUACCUCCAAGUGUACAGCACUGUAUAUGGAUGAUAUCGGUGCCUUUGAUAUAUCCACGACUUGAAGCCGUAGAAAGUCUUGCACAUACCAUGGCUACGGGUAAGAAGGCGGUUAAUAGCACAUACAACUUACUCGGUAAAGUCACAAGUUCUGUGGCUGGAGUGGUGGGAGGUAAAGAAGCUGUGGCAACUGGUUUUUCCCACGUCAAAAAGGCUGUAGGGAAGUCGGGAUUAAUGGGAGGUGUGCUGAAUACAUUUGGUGAUAUUGAUAUUGCGGAUGAGUUAAGAGAUAUGUGGACACAUGAGAGUAAGGAUUUGGAGCGAACGUAUUUGAUACGGACAUUGCAGGGAAUUGCCCAUCAAAAAGGAAUUAGGAUGACGUUCUUAUCUGGCGACGUAAACUGUUGCGGUGCAGGUCUUGUCCACGAUCCUUCUCAUCCCUCUAACCACAAAACCAUGUAUCAAAUCAUCGCAUCUGCAGUCGUCGCCGCUCCACCUCCAUCAUAUGUUCUCAAAAUGCUUCACAACAACAAACCACUCUACGUUCCUCAAAAUGGUGUCAAAACCACAAACCUCGUUAGCGAUACCAAAGAAGACAUGAUGGAAAUAUUUCAAACGGACACUAAUGGUGGACCACGAGAUAUGAAGAAGUUAAUGGGUAGGAGAAACUACGUAGCGUUUGUAGCUUUCGAUCCGGAUGCAAUUAUGGGUGGUAUGAGUGCAAAUGGAAGUAUGCAUAGUGGGAAUGCGGGAUUGGCUAAGUUGAGUCUGGCGGUGGAUUUUGUGGUGCAGGGGGAUGGGGGGUUUAGUCCUCCUACUAAAUAUGGUCCUGUUAUUAUACCAAGCCUGGAGUUUGGUAGAUGA